GAAGAAAAGCGCCCACCUGGCGGUCGAUGACUCGCUGACUCUCUCUGGCUCUUCUGGUUCUUUUCUCGUUACUUGGGGCCCUGCGUUGUUCUUCCUUGCUUUUUCGUUUCAGGGUAAGCAGCGAUCGGGGAUUUAAAAAGCGGGUUUUUUUCUCUCUCCCUCUCCCUCGUUAUUCCACCACUCAACAACUCGUAUGUAGAGAGAGAGAGAGACAGCUGGCUGCUGGUUCGUCAGGCUCCGUCAUCAGCUGCCCUCUUUGGCCUUUUCCCAGCUGGACUGCGCUCCCAAACAGGCCUAGUCAGGUCCCGAACCCGCCAAUCAUACCCCGCCACCCUGCACCCUUGCCCUGGAUCGCGCCCCACUCUUGGCGCUGACGUCUUGCCACGCUAGCCCUGUUCGGGUGAAGUGGGGCCCCCAACCAAGUCAGGCACAUUUUUUUUUUCUUUUUUUUUGCUUUUUGUCUUUUGGUGCUUGCGUCGCUGAGCCGCGCGCCGCCCCCUGAAUGACCGAUCGGGAUCGCUGCUCUUCAGUCUUUACCGCCCUCCACCUCUCUUUUUUUUUUUUAAAUUCUCCCCCCCGUCCACCCCCGUCAUCUCCCUCCUCCUCCUCCUCCUCUCCUUUUCUUCUUCUUCUUCUUCUUCUUCACGACGACAUUCUCUCUCUCACUCUCUCUCUGUGUCCGUCUUGACGACUGUCCAGUCCUUCCUUUUCGUCCUCCCGACUCUCGUCAGCGCCAGCCCUUCCCCCCCCAAAUCUGCUCGCCUGGGACUUCACUCCUUUUGAGUCCACAGCCGGGUUUCAUCUUCGCACAUCUCAAAACACCAAACCCACCGUUCGUCACGUCGCAAAUUCACUCCUUGAUUGCGCUGUCAGAUCCCAAUUCGAAACAACCUUCCUUUCUGUCUUCUGAGAAUCGCCUGGUUCGAUUCAAAAAUUUUGUGUUUCGUCGAUUUUCUUUCUUUUUUUUUUGAAACAGUCGUUCUAGAGCAAGCUCUCUAGCAAUCCAGUGGACGCCUUGCCAGAAACUUCAUUUCGGACAUCUUCAAUCCCACCUUUCAGAGAGAUUUUUCUUUUUGCAAAACAUUUAUCGAAAUCUCGCCUGUGAUCCACGAUGGCUCCGAAAUUCCUCAAGGCCCUUACCGCUGCUGCCGGCCUCUACGCCUCUCUCGCGGCCGCCGCUCCUCUCCAGAAGCGCGCGAUCGUCUGGGAGACCGUCACCGACAUUGUCGUCGAGACCGUCGAAGUCACACUGACCGUCACUGGAGUCCCCGGUGGUCCAAAGACAAUCUCCCCACCAGAGCUCACCACCACCACGACUGAACAACCACCUCCAGUCCCGACGACCAUGUACAAGGCUCCACCACCACCACAGUCACCGCCUGCUCCUACAACAACCGCCCAGGCUCCACCACCGCCGCCGCCACCACCACCACCACCACCACCACCACCUGCUCCCACGACAACCCAAGCUCCUCAGUAUCCUCCUCCGCCUCCUCCACCUCCUCCACCAGCUCCAACAACAUCCAAAGCUGCUCCCCCUCCCCCACCUCCACCUCCACCACCCCCACCACCAGCGCCACCAGCUCCUAAGCCAUCCAAGCCUGCUCCACCGCCGCAGCCACCCACCGAGCUGCCCGACCCCUCCAAGCAGGUCUUUUCUGGUGACAUGACUUUCUACAACGGUGGUCUGGGUGCCUGUGGAACUGAAAUCGAUACCCAGGGUGAGGAUGCUGUCGCCAUCUCCGUCGACAUCAUGGGUAGUGAAAACAACAACAGCCCAUACUGCGGAAAGACUAUAACCAUUGAGUACGGAGGUGUGACCUCCAAGGCUGUUGUCAAGGACAAAUGCCCAACCUGCGCUCGUGGUUCACUUGACAUGACUCGCCAUCUCUUCUACAAAUUUGCCGACGAAGCGGAAGGUCGUGUCCAUGGAGUGAAAUGGUCGUUUGACGACUAGGCUGGUCCCUAGUGUCAAACUCAAUCCCGAAACUUUUUUCUUUCAUUCUUGGGCUUCGUUGCCACCUCUUCGCUUUUCCAACUGUUUUGUGUGGGAUGGGGGUUUGAUCCCUUUUUGAUGCAGGGAUUCUCAGAGAGAAUCUUCUCGUCGGCAAGAUCGCAACACACUUACCAUUGUUGACCUAUCAACCAAGCCUCCAAAGGUGACUUUUGAUUUUGAUAGGGAUAUGUACAUACAUAACAAGCACAUUGUCUCUGUUUUUUUUUUUUCCCAUGCAUAUAACCCCACCUCACCCCCACUGAGCUGUUGGAAAUGAUUUUAUGAUUCAUGGUCAAGUUCUGCGCUUCCUGUUCAUAUGCAUUUCAGACAGGGGGUUCUUGUGGCGAGGUUAGGGCCAAAGGGUAAAAGGAGAAGGAGGAGUACUGGAGAUCUGCGCAGCUUUCGAUCUUUUUUAUGGGGGGAGGGCAGAUUGAUUUUUCUCUUCUUUUCUCUCGCUUGCCUCAAUUCUCCCCUAGGAGAAUUUUGGCCCCCUUUUUUUGUUUCACAUAAAUUUUUUGAGACUUUGUUUAUACCAAAAUACCUUAGAUCUGGAACAACAGCAAUUGUUUGGAACAAAAAAACACCUGUCAACUCU